AUGGCAGCUUUUGCCAUGCUCCUGCUGGCACUAUCGCUGCUGAUGGGAUCCUUCGGCAGCUGUGCUCUCAGUAGUAAUGCUAACCAGAGCCUCGACUACACCAUCAGUCCUCAGGGUGAGAACCUUGCCCGCAGAGAGCCAAUGAAAGACCCCACCGACAUGACCUGGAUCCAGAAAUGGGGUGCUAUCGGGGACAGUUUUACUGCUGGCAUUGGAGCUGGCCAGCUGUGGGAUAAAGAUAAGAAAUGUGCUCGAUACGAUCGAUCCUAUGUCACAAUACUCGAUCGUGCCAUUGGAUUAUCUCCCCUCACCUUUCAAUAUCUGGCCUGCAGUGGUGCCAAAUCGAAGGAAAUUCUUGAACAAGCCAAGAAACUCGGCGGCGGGAUGGAUUUGGUGGUUCUGACGGCGGGAGGAAACGACCUCUGCUUGAUUGAUGUUCUGAAAGACUGCAUCUUUCUGGCUUACAAUGAGAAGAGCUGUGAAUCAUCUAUCAGGAGAGCUAAGCUCAACGCAGAAUACAUUCUGGAGCCAGUCCUUGAGGAGAUCCUCGUUGAACUGGAAAAGCAUAUGAGGCCAUCCGCCGGCAUUGUGGUCUUCGUUAGCUACGCUCAGUUCUUCCAUGAUAAGGACACGGACUCGGAUAGUUGCGCAAAACAUAACAACUGGGCUUUCCCCCCUAUCGGGGGUCCGUUUGAAAAUCUACCGGUGGACCUAAGGAGACGCAAAGAAUAUAAUGAAUUGGUCCGGAUUACCAAUGCCGGAAUUGAGAGGACCAUUGACAAGAUGAGAGAGAGAGGUGUGAAGUACAGGUUACGCUUUGCGAACUGGGAUGUAUGGCCCUCUGAUGAACAGGUUGCUGGGCAGUUUUGCUGGCCUGGGUCUACCGGGGCAUACCCCGACCCCCACCAGGUCAAUUUGCAGUUCUUCAAGCCCGACACGAAGAAGAAAUCUAUACAUGAUGAGAUCAAAAAGGGGGACACAACCGUAGGCAAAGGCCAACUGGAGCCUGAGGUCAACUAUGGGGUCAAUGAGAGCCUCUAUGGCAUGCUGGGCGACAGGAGUCCGAACCCUGCGGUGGAAGCCAUACACAUGCUCAACGGUAGGGAUUCAGUUCCUAGGGAUGAUGCACACGGUUGCUCGGCACACCUCGACACGCGCUCUUGGGGAUCCAGACUCCCAGCUCGAUGGGGAAAGUGGUUUCACCCGAAUGAGAAGGGCCACAUCACGAUUGCAUCGUUCGUUCUCAACGAAAUCAUCUCAGCACGGGCACAAUUCUUGGGGAGAGACAAUCCGAUUUGCAAGGAUGAGGAUCGAGACCAAUUUCAUUGCAGAGGGAACAAGGGCGACCAACUCAGUCAUUAUGUCCAAAGCCACAUCGCGGAUGAGACCUACAAGACAUACUGCAACGAAGUACAGCCACCCGAAGGCCAAGUGAACUGGCACGACGAGCGCGUUUUCUACGAGGAUACCCCGGACGAGCACAAGUACAUGAUAACCCUCACAAAGGGAGCUACGCAAUUCAGUAAACAAGAAUGUCUCACCACAUUCAUGCGAAUUAUUCACGGCUGUGACCUAUAUCGCCCGGAAAACCCGUUAAACCUCAAGCACGGGGGUACUUGGAAGAAGGGGAGAUAUAGAUAUGAAUUGAAGACGGGCCACAUAAGGCGCCCCUGGCCUGUUGCAAGACCUAGCGGCACAUGCGAGGGAUGGUAUAAAGUGUUUUUUUCAAGAUAUACUAUCAGGGGUAGAUUGUGGGCUAGUCUUGAUCAUGGGGAAGAGCUCCGCAAAAGUGUGAAAGAUUGUAUUGGAGGUGGCCUGACAUCUUGGAGUUUCAAAUACUUCAACAGAGCCGACAGUCAUGAUAUGGAGUGGGAAGCAGGAUUUUCAACGCCCAUCUGGGUGAUGAAAAGGUGUUUCCAGAACAACAAGGUCUUCAACAACAUGGGGGGACCAAAUAUUGGAUGUGAAGGUAAUGACAAUCCAUGGCCUUUCAACUAUUAG